AUGGACAAUGAGAAGCAACCGGAUAAGAGGGCCACUCGGCUUGGAGCUUUCUUUAGCGGCAGCGAUAUUAUUGCAGACUUUGAGAGUACAUCACCGAAAGUGAUUCCUCCGCAAAUAGAUACCUCGGGUUAUGAACCCACCGCCGACAAAAAAGCCAAAACCCUUCUCAAGAGCAUCCCUGACAUUCCGCCCAAGGCUCAGCAAGUCUCGAAGGCUCCCAAGAGAGUUGCUUUUGCCGGCCUCCCAGUGAUAGUUGAGAAUCCCACGGCUAUCCUGAACCCUAAAAGGCAUGUAGAAGAUAACACAAUAACCGCAUCAUUGGAACAUGACCAAGCCAAAACCAACCGUCUAGAGCGGCACUUUGAGCGAUGCUACAAGAUCACACUAGGUCGGAAUAUGGACGUACAGUUGGCGAGGACAAAACCGGCGGCCUUUGAGGAGAACCCGCUAUUACUUGACGAGAAACAAGGCAGUGUCUUGUUUUGGACCCUGUCUGGAUCCGAAAGUGAAGAACAGGUAACUGUAGUCCGUAAGAUUGAGAACAGGAGGUUCGUCAAAGGAAUCGGGGUCUAUACGAUGCCUACACCAGGUUCGUGCCUCAAUGACGCCCCCAAUUCAUACACAUUCUUGCUUACAUGGAAGAUUUUGGAUGGUCUUUUGUACCUUGAGGAACACGAUAUAGGUCACCCAGAGUUGAAUUGCUCCAACGUGCUACUGGAUACAUCUGGCCAGGUCAAGAUUUCUGACCUUUUUACAAAAGGGGGCCAGCAUUUCUGUUCCUAUGGGACGACCGAUAACUUGCUCGCCGGAUUUUGGCGAAUAAUGGUAGAACUCAUGAAUGGCUAUCUGAAGAAAGACAUGCGAGGAGAUCAUGUUGACUACGCAAAGUGGACGGCAUAUCCAGCAGCUGUCGACUUUUACAAGUGUUUGGAGACUCUGAACCACGCUCAACGGCACUUCAUAGCAGAUUUGAAACAGUCAAAGAGGUAG